CAACUUCAUCUCGCUUCAUUCUUCAUCUUUCCAUCUUUCACUCUAUUCUUUCUCCUGACCUUUGUCACUCUACCGCUGCAAUGUUUGUCUACCAAGGAAAGCUCAACUGGUACUCCUACGCCAGCGAGGAGACCUUCGCCAUCGUCCUGCCCAACGGCCCCGUCCGUGUCGGCGACAGUGUCUACCUCUUUUCCCAGUGGACCAAAGAUGGUCAGGGAAGCCAGAAGAAGAACUGGUUCGACACCAUCCUCGUCGAUUCCAUCACCCAAACCCAGGCCACUGAUGUGACCUUCUACCUCAAGGGCGCCUACUACAGCUUUGAGGUCACCACCACGGGCUCCUACGAUGGCCUCAGUGUCAUCAUGAAGAACCCCAGCAACGCUGUCAGCAAGCCCAUGCCCCUCAAGCGCAUCUGGAAGUCGGACAAGGUGCUCACUGGCACGACCCGCAUCUGGACCGGCAAGUUCAGCUGGAUGCACUUCGCCAAAGACGAGCCGGCCAUCUUCAUUGUCCCUGAUGGCUUCGGCGAGGACAAGCCCAUCCUGUCCCUCUGGCAGUAUACCAAGGACUCGGCUGGAAAGCUGAAGGACCCGUCUUUCCGCGAUGCGGUCCAGAAGUCAGUGUCCGGCAUCGACACUGACGUCGUUAAGUUCACCUACCACUCCUACUACGACAUCAGCUGCACCUGGGAAGCCAAGACCGACAAGCUUGCCGUUCAUGUGAAGGAAGGUGGUCAUGGCGAAGAUGUUGGGAGCAUGAUCCGCUCGGCCAUCAUUGAGCGCAAGCCACACUCCCAUGAUUUCGCACCUCCGGAGGUCGCCCCUAAGAAGGCCGAGGUUGAAGUUCGCCUGCCUCAGGCUCAGGCCUCUCUCCCUCGCAUCCUCACCGCGCUGCCAUUCCCUGGUGGUCUCCUCGAGACUCUGGCACACACGGCGGCCUUUGUCGACCAGGCCGGAUAUCUCGCCAAGUAUGCCCAAGAUCGCUUUACUACCCUCGAUGCCAACUACCACACCCUGCUUCAUCAGUUCGAGGGUCUCAAGGCGGACAACACCAAUCUCUACAACACCAAGAAGGCCCUGACCCGUGAUCGCGACGCUGCGAAAGCUGAGGCGAAGCAGUUGAAGGCUAACCUCGACAAGGUUGUGGCGGGGGCCAAGAAGGCGGAAGAGGAUCAUCAAAAGCAGAUCGACAAGCUCAACGACGAAAAGUAUCAUGACCAGAUCAAGGACGAGAAGGACCGCAACACUUUGCUGAGAACCCGCGGGGAGCGCGAUACCUUGAAGAAGGAAGUGAGCGCCCUGAAGCAGAAAGUGUCCGAUAAGGAUGUCGAGAUUGCAAGCCUCAACUCCAACAUUGACGCCCUCGAGCAAAAGAUCAUCAAGCAGGAGAUCACAAUCGCCCGUCUCAAUGUUGAGCUGGGAAUCCAGAAGUCAAAGAAUGACGCACUGUUCAAGAAGAAUGGCGAACUCAUUGCUAUCCAGCAGAAGCUGGAGGCUUCGGAGAAGGAGCUCCAGGCCCAGCUUGCUAUUUCCAAUGACAGCGCCGCCCUGCUGCAACAACAGCUCAACGAGGCGAACAAGAGGAUUGUGGUGCUGACACAACAGAAGGAAGAGGCAGAGGAGAGAGCUGCGGCAGCUGAGGAGGUGGAGGAGAACAUUAGGAAGGCUCUCAUCCGUCCGGUGAAGUCGAAGUGAAGUGAGGUGACGCCGACGCCGACGCCGUCGGUGUCACCACCUGCAAAGGCCACGGAGCCGUUGCCAGCACAAGCGUGGUC